AUGACUGGGAGGAGUUCUGCAUAUUCACCUUUACCUCAGUCCAAUAGUGAUUCAGAAGGUUCUUCAGAAGAGUUACACAUUUCGAAUGAAAGUAAAAUUGUUAAUAGGAUAACAAAAACUGAUCCUUCGAAAUCUGAAAAACCAUUUAAUAAUCAUAAAUCUAAUGCUAUAAAUUACAAGCUUUUAGACACUGAUGGUGAUAUAGGAACCACUUUAAUUAGAUUUCAUUCUAAUACAGAUGAAGUAUCAAUAUUAAAACCUAAAAAUAAUAAAGAAAUAUUUUCUACUACUAGAAAACUCUGUUUUGUGUUUUCUGUUCUCUUGUGUAUUUUCACAACAGUUGUAUUUGUCUGGUUUUUGCCAUGCAAUGAAUUUUAUGGUCCGAUCAGUUUAAUCACAGAUACUUCAAACAGUGCCCAUAAUUUGGUUUUUUUCACAAGAAGAAUUUCAAAUGUAGGACUAACAAAUAAUUUCACAAUCAAAUCAGGUUUGACAUCUAUUAAAGGUGAAAAUGGUUUAAAAUUAUGGAACAUAAGCUUAGAUAAAAUUCCAUCGGACAUUGAUUGUAAAUUAAUUGAUAUUACAUUAAACGGUUUUAACGACUGCCUCUUAUUCGGAACUAAUUUUUUAAAAGCAAUCGAUUCAACCACAGGAAUGAAACUAUGGGAAUUUUACAAAUACACUAGAGAAUCACAAACGAGUUACUUUUUAGAUUUUCCUUUGAUAAUAUAUGAUGUGAAUGGUGAUGAUGUACAAGAUUUAUUAACAUCAUGUUCAUUUAUUUAUGUUAAAGAACAGACUCAUUCUGAUCAGACAUAUCAAAAUUAUUUGAUAAUUAUUUCUGGGAAAACUGGAAGAAUAAUAAAUAAUCCCAUUCACAUUAAAUUAUGUACAGCAAUUCAUAAUUUAAUGUUUGAAAAUGAAUACACAAUAUCAUACACUUGUUAUAAUUCUACUAAAAAAGAAUCUCAACAGACUAUAAGUUUAAACAGUUUACUACAGAGUUUAGAUGUUGUACCUGAAAAAAUAAAUUUAAACAAAUUAAAAAUAAUUCAUCAACAUCAGAAAAAAAUAAAAAAUCCGAUUUUUAUUAGCGGUCGUAAAGUUGUCGUGGAAAAUGAGGGUCACUGUCCGGAAAAUUGCAGCAUAUCAGUCAAUAUAAAAGAUGAUGAUAAUAAUAAAAAUAAUUCUGUUUACAUGACAAAACCUGACGGAGGAAAUCGUCUCGUUUUAAAAUUUUGGAAAUGGGAAUCGAAAAAAAAUUUUAAUAAUAAUAAUAAUAAUUUUACUAGUCAACCUACGGUUACGUUGAAAACAAUACAAAAUGAAUUGAAAACGACGACUAAAAAAUCAAAUCGAUUCGACGUCACAGAAUAUUUCGACAAUGAAAUGCUUCAAGAAAGUGAAACAAAUUAUCAGAGGAGUAAAAGAGGAGCAAUAAAUAAAAAAAAAUCAAAUUACGACGAAUAUUUAAAUAAUUCUAAUCAAUAUUUACUACACGUCAUACGUGAAACGAUAAUAAGCAUAAGUUUAAACAAUAGUAAAAUUAUUGUUAAAAAUUUAUCAGAAGAUAAAAUCAUUCAAAUUUGUUUAAAAUAUAAAAAUUGCGAACCGGAUGUGGAUCGUCAAAAAAACUCACUUUUGUUGGCUGAUAUAAACGGAGAUGGAAAAAAAGAAUUGAUAACAUUUUCAUCGAAAUACGUACGAGAUGAUUUUCAAUCGAAAGGUGGAAAAAAUUGGCAUUUGCAAACGACAGUUAAAUCUCAGGUAUAG